CUCUUCGCCUCUUUAAAUGGUUCCAGACCUCCGCCCUCGACCCCGACGAGUUCACCCUCUCCAAUGCGCUCUCGCUCUCCGCCAAUCUCAGCACGCUGGACCAGGGAAGGCAGAUCCAAGCUUUUGUCUUCAAGAAGAAUCUACCCAUGGACGUCGCCGCCACCAACUCGCUCAUCAAUCUCUACUUCAAGUGCGGCAGCAUCGCCGACGCGGAGAAGGUGUUCGACGGGACACUGUUGGACAAGAGAGAUUUAGGAGCCUCAUCCCAAGUUAUAUUCGUGACUCAUCAGUUGCAGUGAUUGCUUAUGAUGUUGCAAAUCGUCAGUCUUUCUUAAAUACUUUAAAAUGGAUUGAAGAGGUUCGAACGGAGAGGGGAAGUGAUGUUAUUAUUGUCCUUGUUGGGAACAAAACUGACUUGGUCGACAAGAGGCAAGUCUCCAUAGAAGAAGGAGAAGGUAAAGCGCAAGAGCUCGGUGUCAUGUUUAUUAAAACAAGCGCAAAAGCUGGCUUCAAUAUAAAGGCUCUCUUUCGAAAGAUUGUGGCUGCCUUGCCCGGGAUGGAAACCUUUCUCCUCCAUGUUGCUUAGAUUUAUGAGGAAAGUGAAAGUGAGGAUGAUGGUCUUGACAUGGGUGAUGAUGAUGAUGUUGAGGAACUUGAAAAUGAAUCAGAGGCUGUUAGGAAAGAACCAACCAUUGAGAAACCUGCUCCUGUUUCAGCACCACCCAAAGAUGCUGAAAGGCAACUGUCAAAGAAGGAGCUUAAGAAAAAGGAAAUGGCAGAGCUGGAUGCACUUCUACAUGAAAUGGGCAUUGCAAAUAAAGAUAGUAAUACUGCACAAAAUGAGACAGCUAGUAAUGUCUUCUUUCACAUAAUUAGUUUAUUUUUGAUAGAUAGUAAUAAA